CAAACUCAAGCCGGCACCGUCUUGAUCAACAUAGUCUGUCCCUUCUCCCGCUGCUACUCAGCAUUGUUAGAGGUCUACCUGUCACUGAAGCAGAGAUGUAGAAGGGUUGCCAUGGCGGAUCCGGUGGCGAAAAUGGAGGAAGGACAGCUCGGCCAUUCACAAGUGGCUAAGGAAUAUGGUAACAAUGCAAUGGGGGAUAAAAUUGAAGGCGGAGAAGGAGGAUACUCACAUGCACCUGAUGACCUCUCCUAUGGUGUAGACAUGAAGCAUAUCCGCUGGUGUGGCAUCCUUCAGAGAAUAGCAUUGCUAUACUUUGUUGUAGCCCUGAUAGAGACUCUCACCACCAAGCUUAGACCAACUGUCCUGCAGCCUGGACAUUUCUCAAUUUUCACAGCAUAUAAAUGGCAAUGUCUUGGAGGGUUCAUUGUUUUCCUGAUAUAUAUGAUCACAGUCAAAUGUGGGAUGAGAGGACACUUUGGUCCUGCUUGCAAUGCUGUUGGCUAUGUGGAUAGAGCAGUUUGGGGAGUCAAUCAUCUCUACAAAAGCCCUGUCUGGCAACGGCUGAAGGCUUGCACUCUUAGUUCUCCAACUUCAGGUCCUUUCCUUCCAAAUGCUCCAAGCUGGUGCCUUUGUCCUUUUGAACCAGAAGGGUUGUUAAGUUCAAUUUCGGCUAUCCUUUCUUGCACCAUUGGCAUCCACCAUGGACACGCUUUAAUCCAUUUCAAGGUUCACUUUGAGAGGCUGAAGCAAUGGGUCUCAAUGGGGUUUGGCUUGCUUAUCAUAGCCAUCAUUCUUCAUUUUACAGAUGCAAUUCCCCUCAACAAACAGCUUUACAGUUUCAGCUAUGUGUGUUUCACAGCCGGUGCAGCAGGAAUUGUAUUCUCUGGGUUCUAUAUACUGAUUGAUGUUUGGGGAUUUCGGAUGCCAUUUCUGUUCCUGGAAUGGAUAGGAAUGAAUGCAACGCUGAUAUUUGUGCUAGGGGCCCAAGGCAUUCUUCCAGCAUUUGUAAAUGGACGGUAUUAUGAGUCCCCUAACAACACCCUUAUUAUGAUACUGGUAGACCAUGCUGUGGUGGUAUAUCCAGUCCUUGAUGACGCGCCAUGGGAGGACAGCAUGUUUGCUGACUUUGUGAUGCCAUUUUUCCAUUUAUUGUUGGCGUUGCAAUUGCCCUUGCUCUCAAGAGAUUCUGAAGAUAAAGUGCAGACCAAUUUCGCUAGGUCCUGGACAUUUACUUUCUCCAUUUUCACAGCCUAUCAAUGGCAAUUAGUGGAAAGCAACAUCAAGCUUGCAGUUAAAUGUGGAAUGAGAGGACACUUUGGAUCUGCCUGCAAUGCUGUUGGUUAUGUGGAUAGACAAGUUUGGGGCAUCAAUUAUCUCUACCAUAACCCUGUCUGGAAACACCUGCAUGCUCGUACUCUCAGUUCUCCAUGUUCAGGCCUUCUCCGGGAGGAUGCUCCAAGCUGGUGCCAUGCUAGUUUUGACCCAGAAGGCUUGUUAAGUUCUAUCUCAGCUAUUCUCUCAAAUACCAUUGGCAUCCAUUAUGGGAUCACUAUAACAGGCUGCAAUUCAAUGGGUUUUUGUUUGCUUGUUCUAGCCUUCAUCCUUCACUUUACACAUGCUAUUCCUAUAAACAAACGGCUGUAUACAAUCAGCUAUGUCUGUCUCACAGCUGGCGCAGCAGCAACUAUAUUUUCUGGACUCUUACAUGUUGAAUGGAUAGGGAUGAAAUUCCAUGCUGAUAUUUGUGCUGGGGGCACAAGGUAUUAUGAGCACACUGAUAAGACGCUUGUUACUUGGAUCAAAGAUCAUGCCUUCAUAGAUGCGUCCAACACAGAGAAAGUGGGCAUUCUCCUUUAUGUGCUAUCUGCUGAGAUCACAUUCUUUAGUGUACUAGCUGGAAUCCUGCACAGGUUGGGGAUAUACCGGAGACUAUGAAAAUGAAAACUGCAAUUGCAACAUGUACGUCGACUUGGUUUCAAGGAGUAGGGAAAAUAAUCUACCUCAGAUACUGGAAAAACAGUUUCUGCUUCCUGGUUUGUUAGGAAAAUUUUCCUAUUUGAGAAAAUAAUCUCUGUUCAAUAAAAUUUUGGGUUGGCC